AUGAAAGUCUAUUAUAUUAAUAUAUUAUUGUUUGCCUUUCCAUUAAAUAUAUUGGUAUAUAAUCAAUGGAACCAUAAAAGCACCACACAUCAUACACCAAAAGUACCAACUACCAGGUUAUUAUACGAAUGCGAACUAUAUAUUCCAAAUUAUGACAAUGAUCCCGAAAUGAAAAGAAUAAUGCAACAAUUUGAUGAUCGUACAUCACAAAGAUUUCACGAGUACGACAACCGUAUGAUAGAAAAACAACAAAAAUGUAAAGAUCAAUGUGAUAAAGAAAUCCAAAAAAUUAUUUUAAAAGAUAAAUUGGAAAAAGAAUUAAUGGAAAAAUUUGCUACAUUACAAACUGAUAUACAAAAUGACGCCAUUCCAACAUGUGUUUGCGAAAAAUCCUUAGCAGAUAAAACAGAAAAAUUUUGUCUUAACUGCGGAAAAACUAUGGGAGCGGUUGCGCCUGCUUGGGGUCUCAUUAGCUGUAUAGGGUAUGUGGGAUGGUCACAAUAUGUUGCUGCAAAGAUCGUUGAAGCAGGUAUUAAAAAUGGUUUAGAAGUGGGUUUGCUUAAGGUCACGGAAGCAGCAACAAGUAUGUCACAACUUACUGCAUCUGAUAUACCUAAAAUCACGAUAGAAAAAAUGCUAUCCUCAGGUACGUUUACUGAUAAAAUGACUUUUUCCGAUAUAUGCAAUUACAUAAAUACUAUAAUGUCUUCGGAAUUAGAAUCUAAAGGAUAUACUAAAUAUACCUUCGCACUAGAAAAUAUAGCAAAACCUAGUAAAAUUAAGUAUCACUAUUCUAAACAAAGUGCAGAUGUUUUAGCAGCUAUUACGGAAGGUAAAACAGCUGAAAGUCUUAAAUUAUCACCAUAUACUAGUAUAUUAACUAAUACGAUUAUUGCUUCCAUUAUUGCAAUAGUAGUUAUAGUUUUGGUUAUGGUAAUUAUUUAUUUAAUAUUACGUUAUCGUAGAAAAAAAAAAAUGAAGAAAAAAUUAGAAUAUAUGAAAUUAUUAAAAGAAUAG